AUGUCGUCUUACAUGUACAGAGAACGCGAACGGGAUCGAGACUGGGAUGAGCCUCGAUCCUCCACCGUCUCAAUCAAGCGUUACGUCAUUCCAUCAGAGGAGGAGCGGGAGCGUGAUCUGAUCUUCCGCCGCGAAGACUCCAUCGCCGGUGAUCGAGAAUUGGUCAUCCGCCGCUCAACAGAGCGAGAAGAACCCGUCAUGGUACAGCGCUAUGAGCGAGAAAUCGAUUAUGACUCGCGUCCGUACGACUAUCGCUCCGAAAGAGAUUAUUACGAACGUGAGUACCCCUCUUGCUCCACACGACCCUGUCCAGUCCAGCUGAUACUAAUCUGUGAAGCGCGAGGCCCCCUGACUGUAUACCCCCAUGAGCCCGACUAUGCGGUCGUUCACCGCUCCGAGGUCGAACGGGAGCCGGCUUACUACUAUCAUCGCCGGGUUCGCGAGUAUGACGAUGACCGCCGCCUUCGCCGCGAACUCAGCCCUGGUGACUCGGUCUCCCAGGCCAGUCGCCGCAGGGACGACCAAGAAGAGUACAGCAGUGAUGACAGCAUAGUCCACAUCCGCAAAGAAGUCCGCGAGUACGAUGACCACCCCCAUCAUCGACGCCACCUAGCGGAAGGUGCUCUUGUCGGGCUCGGUGCAGCGGAACUGCUUCGCAACCACCGGAAGAAGGAAGGAGAAGAGGUGUCAAGUGGCCUCGGCCGUGUCGGAAAGGAUCUGGGUGCUGGGGCCCUAGGCGCUGUCGCGGUGAGUGCUGCCUCACGCGCCAGGGAGUACUAUCGCAGCAAGAGUCGUCGUCGAUCUCACUCGUACGAUGAUGACCGCAGCUCCCGCCAUCGUCACCAGCAUUAUCACCAUAGCCACAGUCGUAGUGGUCGCAGCCGCAGCCGCUCUCACUCCCACUCGCGUGCGAAGACUUUGGCCGAGAUCGGCCUGGGCGCCGCUGCCAUUGCCGGUGCGGUGGCCCUGGCGCGGAAAAAGUCGAAGAACGACCGACGGAGUCGCUCGCGCCAUCGUCGCGCCUCCAGCUCCUCUCGGCCGGAAAAGGAUGCAAAGAGUGAGAAAGGCAGCCAGUCUCGCAUGCGAAAGCACAUGGCCGAAGCAGGCUUGGCCGGAGCCGCAGUGGCCGGACUGGUGGAAAGGGCUCGCAGCCGCUCCCGCUCCCGCAAGGGUUCUCGGUCUCACAGUCGGCUCAGGCACGCACUCCCCGUAGUUGCUGCCGGCCUGGGUACCGCCGUCGCCACUGGGCUGUACGAGAAGCACAAGAUGAAAGAGGGAGAAGAAGGGAAGCACCGCGAGAGACGCCGAGCCCGUUCCCGAAGCCGGGCACCGUCCGAAAUCUACCCCGAUCCUAACCGUGACUCGGCCGGUUUGAUUGAAUACGGAGACCACCCCGUGGCCGGAAGCAUUCCUUCAGCACAUUACUACGGCCGUCCCGCUAGCCAGCAGGGAUACUACCACUCGGAUGCGUCUGAUUCAGCCGCCCGGCGGGGUCGUGGCCGUAGCCAUAGCCGUACCCGCAGUCGAGGCGGUAGAUACAGCUCGAGCCCGUCCGACUCUGAUCGGGACGGUUCCAGGCGACGAAGCCGCCACCGCAAGCAUCGCAGUCGCUCCCGUGAAAUUGCCGAGGCUGCCCUGGCCGCUACAGGCGUUGGCUAUGCCGCUCACAAGCUCAAGCAGCAUAGGGAUCACAAGAAGGAAGAGAGAGAGCGGUCAAAAUAUGAGGAUGAUUCAUUCUCAGAACCGCCGUACCCGCCGUCGCCUCUACCUCCAGCCCAGCAACCUGCCGAGACUCAAUUCUAUCCCAACACCAACUACUUCCCUCCGCCUCCGGGUCCAACCCCUGUUCCGAUUGCCAAUAACAUGCCGUACAACCCGGCCGACUACCCACCCCCGCCAGGAGCGGUCCCUCCAGCGCAAGGGUACGGCUAUCCUCCUGAAUCAGGGCCGAAUCGAUAUGCACCUCGGCCCCGGAGGGCAGAUGAGAAUGUGAGUGCUGCAUGGAACUCUUCCCCUCCCACUGCCCAAUAUCCCAUGCAACAUGGUGUAGAUGAACCUCCAUCCCCUCUGAGGACACCGCGUGCCGACACCGCGCGCCGCGCACGUGCAGUAAGCCAACCUGCGCAUCCCAAAUCCGUCGCCUUCGACCUCAUCCCCGACGCGAUCUCCAUCCCCAGCAGUUCCGAUACCCACCCCAUCGACCCCGGCUACGAGACAGAUGACAGCGACUCGACCAUUGAGUCGUCAAUUGCUCGUCACCACAGGGACCGCGGCUCCCACCGACGCCGCCAUUCCUCCUCCUAUCCCUCCUCCUCUUCCUCCACAAGAAGAUCGCACCACAAACCCACCCCGUCUCACCCCAGCCAUCACACCACCAAACACCAAGAGUCGGACUCGGACUCCACCAUCGACCUGCCGGCCCGGUUCGACGCACAGGGCCGCCUACUCCCGGAGCGCGGUCACGACGAUCUGCCUGACCCGCUGGCAGACCGGGUGGAGAGAUUGCUCCGUGGGAUCAACCGGGUGUUUGCCUAG